AUGGUCUUGAAACCCGAGCAGAAGAGCACCCUGAACAUCGUCAUGGGUGCCAUGACCUUUGGCGAGAAGGGAAAAGAAGGUGCGCGCGUUCACGACCUGGAGGGUAUCAAGGCCAUCCUCGACGUCUUUCAGUCGCACGGCCACUAUGAGAUCGACACCGCGAAGACCUACAGCCAGGGCACGAGCGAGGAGCUCCUCGGCAAGAUAAACUGGAAGGAGCGUGGGCUGGCCAUGGACACGAAGCUCUACCCCAACGCCGGUGACCCCCGUUGGGCCGCUCUCGGGAUCGAGACUGUCUCGCACUCCCCGGAGGACCUGCGCAAGUUCCUUGACCGCCAGCUUAAGACGCUCAACACCGACUCGCUCGACAUGUGGUACCUGCACGGCCCUGACCGCACGACGCCCUACGAGGACACCCUCCGUGGCGUGAACGACCUCUACAAGGAGGGCAAGUUCAAGCGGUUCGGUAUCUCCAACUACAUGUCCUGGGAAGUCGCAGAGAUUGUCGGUAUUUGCGAGGCGAAGGGCUACGUCAAGCCUGCAGUGUACCAGGGCAUCUAUAACGCCAUACACAGGAAGGUCGAGCCGGAGCUGUUCCCGUGCCUGCGCAAGUUCGGCAUCGCCUUCUACGAGUUCAACCCGCUCGGCGGCGGCUUCUUCACCGGUCGCUACCACUCUCUCGAGGACAGCGUGGAGCCCGGGUCCCGCUUCGACCCAAACAGGUACAUGGGCCAGGCCUAUCGUGCCCGCUACUGGAAGGAGCCGUACUCCAAGGCCCUCGCGGCGAUCGAGGAGGUCUCCAAGAAGCACGGCCUCACGCUCGCCGAGGUCGCGCUCCGCUGGAUCUCGCACCACUCGCUCCUGCGCGCCGAGCACGGCGACGCCGUCCUGAUCGGCGCAUCCAGCGUCAAGCACAUCAAGGAGAACUUGGUCGAUUUGGAGAAGGGCCCGCUGCCCGAGGAGGUCGUGAAGGUUCUGGACGAAGCUUGGCUGUCCGUUUCCCAGUACUCGUCUGAGUACUUCCAUUAA